AUGCAUCGCUCUACGAACAACUCGUACCAUCAGUCUUCGAGCUCCCGAAGCUCGUCCACCCACGGUUCCAGCAGUGCUUUCAGUCCCAAUGCCAACCCUAACGAGGACUGGACAAAGAUCUCAGAUCUUGCUGAACGUCGACGGAUACAGAAUCGCAUUGCUCAGAGGAACUACCGCAAGAAACUGAAGCGUCGCUUGGAGGACCUGGAAAAGAGGGCUGCCUCUGCUUCAGAGUCGCCAGAACGGUCCCACGAGAAACCGGAGUUGCCGAAGCAUGCGAAUCCUGUCAAAUCUCGCACCAGGACUAACCGCUCGUCCAAGUCAAACUCGGAGACCAGUCACAGCUCCAGAGAACGCCUUCCUCUUUACGACUGCUACAAUAGCCAAGACGACCGGGGUGCCAUGUUCUCUCACCAAUGCACAAGGCAACUGUCAGCGUCACCCCCACCUGUGUUCUCAUACCCCUCGUAUCCGCACCUGGACCCAUACAGACAGGCCAGCUAUGGCACCUCUCCCGCAUACAGUUCGACUUACAGUGACUUGUCGUCCUUCCAAGGGGAGUAUGGCACCCCAGUGCCUUCGAUCAUGCCUGUUGCGAUGUCUGCAGGCGGGCCACUGAAGAGGCCACAUACAUAUGCGGACGAAGAGAUCAUCAGUCCCUUUAGUAUGAGCUACGCGACUAUGGCCGGCAUUGACUUAUGUCCGACUUCUCACCACCCCGGUGAAUCUAAUAUCUCUGUACGUAAACUGUCCUCUGGCCUGCGUCGAUAUCAUUCAAGCAAAGAGAGGAGUAAGAAAGCUGACAUAUGGUUCAUUAGAUCCCAUCUCUCUGUCAAUUAUUUGCUGAGGAUCACUCCUCUCCGUCGACACCCGCAGAGACGUCCAUUCUCACGUGUCCUCUCACACCCGAGUCCGACCCGUGCUCCCCGCAUUCGUUUCCCUUUCUGUGAUUGA